AAACUAGAUUUUUUAGAAUAUUAUGAAGAUUUAUUAGAAACGAAACCUAACCUCGAAUCAUAUAUAUUGUUAGGAGAAGCUUAUAUGGAAGUUUUAGAACCCGAUAGAGCUUUAGAAAUAUAUGAAAAAGCUUUGAUACGAUAUCCAAAUCAAUGGAUAAUAUUAUCUAUACUAGGAGAAACUCUAAUUAGAACCCAUUACUUCGAAAGAGCUAUUUUAUUUUACCAACAACAUAUAAAAGUAAAAACAAAUUUUAAACUCAAAUUAGUUGAGCUGUAUUUGAGUUUAAAACAUUAUCAAAAAGCCGAAUUAUUACUGCUUGAAUUACAAGAAGAAGAAGAUUAUUUAAACGAUUUUGAAUAUAGAUUAAAAAUUUUAAUGUUUUUAGCACAAACGCAGGAAGCUACUGAAAAUAUUUCUCACGCUAUAAAAAACCUUGAAAAAGCUACUGGAAUAUGUGAAAAAUUAAUUAACGAAGAUGAAACUUUAAUAAACACAAUAAUUAAAUUAGGAGAAUUGACGUUUAGUUCAAAUGAAAAAGAACAAACUGUAAAUUUAUAUAAAAAAUGGUUGAAUCAUUAUCCUGCUAAUAUCAAAAUAUUACUAGCACUAGCAAAAGUUUAUUUAUUAACAAAUAAUUUCAUACAAUGUGAAGAAACGUCUCUACAAGUUUUACAAAUAGAUCCCUACAAUGAAUCAGCAGCUAUCAUUUUAAUUGACAUAUCAAUAAGAGAAAUUAACUUUGAUACAGCUAUUUCCCAAUGUAAACAAUUUCUUGUGAAACAACCUUGUAAUUUGGAAGUUUUAAUACGACUCGUUAACUUAUUUAAAAUAACAGGAAAUUUAGAAAAUUCUUUUGAAUAUUUGAAAAAACCCACUGGAAAUCGAAGAUUUAUACUUUACGUUGAAGGUUUAUAUCUUUGGUAUACCGGAGAUUUAAAAUCCGCAGUUAAAAAUUUUAAUACAGUUAAAGAAGAUACUGUUUUUGGAUUAAACGCGUUAUAUAAUUUGAUAGAUAUUUAUCUAAGUAUUGAAAAUUUUUUAACCGACGAUAAUUUAUUAGAAAAGAAUGUUGUAGAUAUUUAUUUAACACAAUUGAGGAUCAAAUUAGGUUAUAAUUACGAAAAAUCCUCAAAAUACAAUAUAUACAAAAACAAACUACUUAUAUUCACUAGAGAAAAAAAUAAUAUCGAACAAGCUUUAAAAGAUCUUAAAUCAAACGAUGUUUGUACUAUAUUAACAAUUUCGAUGGGGUUAAUUCAACUGAAUCAACAAAAAUUAGCUUUGAAUCAACUAAAAUUAAUUUGUGAAAUUGAUUGGACACCGGAAAACUCUAAUUAUUUAGAAAAUUCUUGGUUACUUCUCGCCGAUAUUUAUAUCAAAUCGAAUAAAUUCGAAAACGGUUUGAAAUUUUUACAAAAAAUCUUACGUUAUAAUAAAUCCUCAUGCAAAACUCAUGAAUAUUUAGGUUUAGUUUUUGAAAAGUUACAAAAUAUCGAAAACGCGGUUAUUCAUUAUACAUUAGCGUGGAAAUUAGGGCGGAAAAUUAACGUUCCCGUAGGAAUUAGAUUAGCUAUUAACUUGAUGAAAUAUAAAAAAUACCCCACAGCUGUUAUUGUAGCCAAGGAAAUACUAGAAAUAAAUCCAGAUGAUAAUAUGGUUAAAGAAGAAAUACUAGAAAAAUGUUUAUCCAGUUUGCGUUGCUAG